AUGCGUGAUCCGGAUCCAAAGCAGAGCCUGUUCUCUCUGCCAAGAUUGUAUCAUGGCGCCUUGAACUUCUCAAUUGUUUCAGCGGAGAUAGGUUUUGUCUGGGUUAGAAAGUUCUCAAGCUUGCUCACCACAAAGGCCCGAGAGGAUCUUUUACUGGAUGACCUUCUAGCAGCUAAUGACUACGAGGAGUGGUAUGCCGCUGCUCACGCCUUGGAUGAACUGCCGCCAAAGUACGACUGGCGAAUCAAUCCGAAAAGCGAUUACUACGACUACCGGACGCUGGAUAAGCGACGUCGUCAACUCAAUACUCUGAGAAGAAAUGGAUCACCCCAAGUAGUGGCCGACUACCUUCGGCAUGGACUUCAACGAAAUUUCUGCAAUAUCACAAGAUCUCCUUUGUAUACGAAAACGUACGCGAGCACCAAGAACACGAUCGAAGCGUACAUUGAAGAGAGCGUGGAGACGGUGAAAUGGAUCUGCGAUUUCAAGACUUCGCCUCAUCCGGGGCCUGGGAAGCUGACGGACCAGGAGAAGAUGGAGAUUGUUAGUAAUGCGAGGUCGGCGUAUGGGAGUACGGCUUUACUUUUGCAGGGAGGAUCCGUCUUUGGGCUUUGCCAUCUAGGCGUGGUCAAGGCAUUGCUGGAGCAUGGGAUUCUUCCCAACGUGGUUAUGGGUACGGCUACUGGUGCGCUCAUGGCAGCUUUGGUCUGUAUUCAUACCAACGACGAGCUGCCUGCUUUCCUAUCGGGCGAUAGCAUCGACUUGAGCGCUUUUACGGCCUCGUCGCAAAGAGCGAGAGACAUCAGUGAGGAGUACAUCGAAUACACGGCCAUCUCACCUCCGAGGAGCAGACUGCACAACUGGUCUCAGAUCCUCUCCAGACGAGUGUGGAGACUCUUCACGAAAGGAUUCGUGCUCGACCCAGAGGUGCUUGUAGACUGCGUGAGAGCAAACGUCGGCGACCUCACCUUCCAAGAAGCAUUCGACCGAACCGGACGAGUGCUCAACAUCAUCGUGGCUUCACCGAACGAGGAGAUCCCCAGCCUGAUGAACUACCUCACAGCACCCAACUUCCUCAUCCGAACCGCCGCACUAGCGUCCAACAUCGCAAACAUGUCCCACUCCCCCAACAUACAAAUCGAAAUCCUCCGCAAAGACCGCCACGGCCGAGUCGAGCCCGUCCCAGGAACCGGCGGCACAAACGCCCACGCAGUCGCAGAAAGCAACCCACCCCUCCCCCGACUCAAGCAGCUCUUCGACGUCGACCACUGCAUAAUCUCCCAAGCACGCCCCUACAUGGCGCCCAUCGUGAAACCCUCCCUCCCCUACAUCCGGCCCCAAGACUCCUUCGUGCGCAACGCCCUCCGCAGACCCAUCAACCUCGUCCCCUUCGACUUCGAAAAACACCUCAAACACUACAUGACGCAAGCCGACUCCAUGGGCUGGCUCUCCGACAAUCUGCACCGGAUCCUCUCGGACGAAACCACAAAGGGCGACUCCGUCACGCUCGUGCCCGAAAUCGAACCGCGAGAUCUGCUCCUCUUGCUCAAGAACCCUGGGAAGAAAGAGGUCGAGUUCUGGAUCAAGCGGGGUGAGAGGUCGGUUUGGCCGUCGCUUUGUGCGUUGAAGGUUAGGUGUUUGAUUGAGGUUGCGUUGGAUGCGACGUAUGAGCGGUUGAGGAGGCGGAGGGUGGGUGAUCAGAGUGCGCCGCCGAGUAUUACGUUGUUGCCGCCGGGUGGGGGGCCGUUGGCGAUGAAGUUUGGGGCGCAGAAGUUUGUUGAUGGGAUUUGA